AUGGAGAAGAAUUGCUCGGUGGUGACCGAAUUCAUCCUGUUGGGAAUUCCACACACAGAGGGGUUGGAGACUAUAGUUUUUGUCUUGUUCUUGCCCUCCUAUGCCUGCACCCUGCUGGGAAAUGUGUCUAUCCUCGUGGCUGUUCUUUCUUCCACUCGCCUUCAUGCGCCCAUGUAUUUUUUCCUGGGGAACUUGUCUGUUUUUGCCAUGAGUUUCUCUUCUGUGACCUGUCCUAAAAUGCCACCGUACCUUACUGGCCCCCUCAUUUUGUAUAAGAACUGUGUCUCCCGGGUCUCCUUCUUCCAUUUCCUUGGCAGCAUUGAAUGCUUCUUGUAUACUGUGAUGGCCUAUGGCCACUUUGCUGCUGUCUGUUACCCUCUGUGGUCCGCAGCCAUCAUGAACCGUAGACCCUGUGGGGCCCUGGCUGUGGGCACAUGGGUGUUGGGGUAUAUCCAUUCCAGCAUUUUGACUUUGCUCGCCUUCACCUUGCCAUGCUGCGGUCCCAAAGUGGACCACUUCUUCUGUGAUAUUCCAGCACUCCUGCCAUUGGCCUGUGCUGAUACAUCCUUAGCCCAGAGGGUGAGUUUCACUAAUGUUGGCUUGGUAUCUCUCCUCUGCUUUUUUCCAAUCCUUCUAUCCCAUGUCACCAUCUCCACCUUGCAUAUUCGCUCAACCGAGGGCCGCCGCCGGGCCUUCUCCACUUGCAGUGCCCACCUCAUUGCCAUCCUUUGUGCCUGUGGGCCCAUCAUCACUGUCUACCUGCAGCCCACACCCAACCCCAUGCUGGGAACUGAGGUUCAAAUUCUGAUGAAUCUCGUAGGACCAAUGCUGAACCUUUUAAUCUAUGCCUUGAGGAAUAAGGAGGUUAAAACAGCCCUGAAAGCAAUGUUGCACAGGACAAACCACGUUUCUGAGAGAUAG